AUGUCAGAAAUAAGGCAAAUACCCAAAACUAAAGGAGAUUCAUAUUCAGCGGCAUACGAAGAUCCUGAGGAUCACCACAAUUAUAAUAAAGGACAAGGGAAAACUAUUCAUUCAUUGAAAGGCCAUUACAAAGAAGAAGCACAUAGGAUCAUGAAAUGUGGUAGCGUCGAUACAAAGGAAAAACACAUUCACGUAACCGACAAAACUCCACAAACAGAAGUCAACGUGGCAACGACUCAAAUCGAAAAUUCAAGCACCAAUGAAAUCCUUACAACAACAGAAAACCUAAGGCAAGACCCAACAACAACUGCAAACACAGUAGAAAAUGAAGAAUCAAAGACCGGGCAAAAAUCAAGUAAUGAAACAGAAGAAACAACGAUAACACCUGAAUAUUUUGUAACACUUCUCUUACCAGUUUCUGAAAAACUAGGAGUAAUAAAUGAUACCAGUGUAAAUGAUAUUAGGACGCCAGAACUAAAUAUAGAAUAUUUGACAGAAACUCCGUUACAUUUACGACGUGCACUUGAAGAAGAGCCUAUUAAUAGCAUCAAUAAUGAAACAAGCAGCCAUUCUGCUGCACAAGAUAACCAUGACACCAUACUUGACAGCACGCAUAAGAAUUUUGAAUUUGAAACACUAAUAAUAAAACAUGAAGCCGAUAGAAAAAUAUCAAAUAGACCUCACCAGUUCUUGGAUCAAAACAAGGAUGCCGAUCCCAAUAAUGAAGAAAAUGAUGGUAUUACAAUGCCUUCAAACUUGAAUGAAGAACAAUUUCCAAUAAACUAUAACAACCCUUUUGCGGAUCAACCGCUGAUGAGAUACGCGGCACCGAUAAAUCCAAAUGUAUUAAAUGUACAGGAAAUGGAUAAAUCGAAUUUUAUGUUGAAUGAACAUCCCCGGGUUUGUUUUGCUUGUAGCAGCACUAAUGAUCCAUCAUGCUGGUUACCAGAUAUGAGCACACCAGCGAAAUACUGCCGCGGAGACCAAGACGCUUGUGUGACGAAAACUUACCAACACAGAGGUUACGCCUUCGUCGUUCGUGACUGCGCCGCCUCUUGUGUAAACAGGGAUUUGUCCGAAAUCGGCUUACUUUACAAGACAUGCACAAUUUGCCACUCCGAUCUAUGCAACGGCGCUAACUUCACUUCAUUUUCUUUGAAAACAAUUAUCUUACUUCUAAUUUCAAUCUGGUUUAAGUACACAUAGUUUGCAUGUAGAAGUCUGGUUUCUUUAUUCAAAAUAGGUAUUUAUUAAAUACAACAGCUGCUAAAUGUAUCUGUAAUCAAGUCUUACCAAAAAUAUCCAUGUAAUAUUGAAAUCGAAAAUGUUAUUUUUUUCCAAUUAUCAUAAAUAUGCACUUUCUUUUACGAACUAGCGAACUCUUGAAUUGGCUCCCAGGAGGUCUUCGCUUGGAGAUACGACCUCCAAAUAUUAAGAGUGGUUACUCCUUCCUCAAAGGCCGGCAACGAUCGGCUGUGUUGUCUGCCUUUUAUAAUCUUACAUAAACAAAAAUAAUAAUAAAAGAUGAGUCUGUCUUAGAUUCGUUUGCUGUA